UUUAUCGACCUGUCUGCUAGUUAGGUAGAUUUCACCUCAGUCUAUGUGACGACACUGACAUGAAGUUUGCUGACUGUUUAGGGCCACAGCAACAAUAACCUGAAAAUGGGGCUUUCUGAACAUUUAAAGCAAAGUUUGCAAGAUUCACACGCUAUCACUGCAAAACCUCCUCACUAUCUCAGCGAUCUAAAGUUCUUACUGGGGAUGAAAACAACAUGACGAGACAGGAAAAGGAGUCACCCACACAAACCAAAGACACCACCGUGCAUCGUGGUGCGAGCAAACUCUUUACAGUCUACCACUAACAACCCAUCACUGAAUGAUCACAGCGGAGUGUCUGUAGAGGUUUAAUAUAUUUAUUCUUUGCUACAGAGGAAGAAGAUAGCACUGCUAAGAUGUCACGCCUGAACUUGAACAUUUUUAUCUUCAAUUUAUUUUUUCUGACCCCAGUAUUUGUCUUCAGUUAUGAUUUUAAGGUGAUCCAGCCAAAGGUUCAGCAUGUGAACCCAGACCAAACGGCUUCAAUCAGCUGUGAACAUGACUCUCGUGGAUCUAAACUUAUGGAUGUUCGACUGUACAGAAUCUCACAGAAUGGGAAAGAAGAGAUGCUGUGUCAGAAGGGAGCUCCCUGUAAGGAUGUCAACCUGAUUCUGAGUUCUACCAAGUUUGUUUUCACUUUACAAAACAUUGGACCAGAAGCAAUAAGAGCUGCCUAUCGGUGUGAGAUAACAGUGGAGUAUAACGAUGUGGAUUACACCAGGAGAGGAACAAAGACCACACUGGUAUAUGCUUCUAAGGUGAUCCAGCCGGAGGUUCAGCUUGUGAACCCAGACCAAACGGCUUCAAUCAGCUGUGAACCGAAGGCAGAGGGAUCCACCAUUCAGAAAGCACGACUGUAUAGGAUUUCACAAGAUAACUCAGAACAGAUGGUCUUCCAGAAGAGCAGAGCAGAUUCCUGCUCGCCUGUCACCACACAUCAGCGGAAUCCCAACAAAAUUGUUUUCACUUUUCAAGACGUUGGACCAGAAGAAAUGAAAUUUACCUAUCAGUGUGAAAUAAUAGUUAAAGAAAAUGAUGUGGUUUACAUUGAAAGAGGAAAACUAAAAAAACUACAGAAAAGUGAAAUGGACUGUUCUCCUCUUGAUAAGUCUGAGCUGGGAUGGAUUCUGAUUGGCCUGCUGGCCCUGAUGUUCCUGUACAGCUGUAUAAUCACCUGCCUCUACAUCAAACGGACAGCCACCAUCUGGAGAAGCACCAAAGCUUGUGAGAACUCCACCUAUGUGGUAAUGAAGCCUCCAACCCACAAGGGGCAGCAUGAAGACAUUUACCAAAAGAUGUCGUCUUAGGCUGAGUGAUUGAAGAGUAAACACCUCACAUGAACAGGCAUUGAUAAACCCUCAGUACAGCUUUAAUAACGGUGUUCUACCGAACGGAACCAGCAGGAGGAGCCACAGACUGCCUGAAGAGAUUGUUCACAUUCACACCAGAAGAAGCUACCUGGUCACGAUGACCAUCAUGACAAACUGUUUAGUAAUAAAUGUCAGGUAUAUACAUUUGAGAGAAGCUUUCAGAGAGUUUUAUGUUUGGAUGGAAAAUCUGACUUGAAGCUGUUCAAGUCAGAACAGCUUGACUAUGAGCCAGUUUUUAUUAUUUUUUUCCUUUGUUGCUGGGUUAAGAAAUUGCAGAUUCAGUUUACCCACACACAUUACGACCUUUAAUAUCACUGGUACUAAAGCUAUUUUAUGUCUUAGUUUUUUUUUUUUUUACUCAUUUGUGUUGGUCUCUAAAUUCCCUUCGAGUCAGUUUGAUGGAGCUUCAGCUGCUCCUUUAAAUAUCAGGCUUCAGGUUAUACAGAGUUCAAAUGAUUUUAAAGUUUUUCAUUAAACUCUGAACGAAUUUAAUGGAUGUAAAUAUUAAACACAAAUCAAAAAGGAAUUAUGAAAAUAAAUCCCCAAAAUCUUUCGCCAUGCUUGCCUACCUCUAGUGGACAGAGAAAAAACUGCAUGCAUCAAGAUUUAUUAGAUUGCUUUGUCUUGAUUUUAUUUUUAAAUCACUUUUAUUGAAACAGAUAUUAUUUGUAAGUGUUUUAUGUUUUUAUUGUUAAGUUAUAUGCUUGUGAUCUAUCUUUGUCUUUCUCAAUUAAAAAAAUACGUAAAUAAU